AAGCACCCCGCGCCCCGGCCCCGCCAACAUGGCAGCAGCGGCGGGUCCGCAGGGGAGCGGCGGCAGGUGAGACGCGACACAGUGGAGAGGCGUUCGCCUCUGUUCCCUGCCCCUCUUGCUGCUGCAGGCACCGCCGCCAGCGCCGGCACCAUCCUCACAGCCGACUCCUCUCAGCGGCCGGGCGGGGCGGCGGAGCCAGGGCAGCGACUCAGCGAUCCAGGGCCGCCAGCAGGCCGGCGGGCGAGGCGGCCGCGGGGGGCGGGCUCCCGGCACCGCCAAGCGGCGCUCCUCCUUCCCCUCCUUCCCUCCCUUCCCUGGGAGCCCCCGGCGGGGUGACAGCCCUGCCGAGUCCUGCCCAGGCCGGCCGAGUCGCCCCGGUCGGGGCUGCGGAGGCAACGCUCGAUCGCACCUCGGCCCUCUCUGUGCCGGGACCCGCCACCCCCGCGCCCGCCAUGUGGAAGCUCAACAAGAGCAGCAAAGUUCUGCUGGACGACUCGCCCGAGGAGGAGGAGACGCGGCUCCGCGGGCCGCCGCCGCCCGCCGCCUGCGCCGCCGCUGCCUUCGCGGCCCCCCAGAAUAAAGACCAGGUUCUACACGAUGAAUCUUCAUCUUCAGUAUCACAGCUUGCAACAAAGGUUCAAGGUGCAAGUUUCCGGGGUUGGAAGGAAGUGACAUCCAUGUUCAACAAAGAUGAUGAACAGCAAUUGCUAGCAGGAUGCAAGUCUCCAAAAUCCAAAGGAACAAACCUGAAGUUAAAGGAGGAGAUGAAGGCGGAAAAGAAGCCAGGUUUUUGGGACAGUUUGGUGAUAAAGCAGAAUGCCCCGUCUAGGAAACCAGAUGAGAUCGAGGGGUGGGAACCACCGCCAAUGACCGCUGCCGACUCUGCCAGUGACGCAGCAAGUACUCUAAGUGACUAUACCGCCUGGUCAGGCUGGGAAGACGAAACCAAAGGCUCCACGAAAUACACAAACCUGGCCAGCUCAGGAAACAGUUCCAGGUGGAGUAUCAAAUCAGCAGGAAAGCUGGUCAGUAUUAGACGUCAAAGCAAAGGUAACCUUACUGACAACUGGGAGGAGCUGGAGUAAUGCUGGUAAUGUGAAACACUUUAUAAGUAAGAAGAGAAAGGUUCCAUGAUUUACUCGUAUGUUUAAACCAAAAUCAAAUCUGCUCAAUAUUGCACCUUUAUACAGUACUUUGUUUUAUUCAGAUUGUUACAAAUUUUUGCUCACAUGAUAGUACAUUUUCUUAUUACAUUGUUAAAUAGCUAUGUUUUCCACACUGAAAAAAAAAAGUAGAGAAUCUAUUUUGUGCCUAUAUUCCACAUUCAGGCUCUGCAGUGUGUUGGGUUGUUGGUUUUACCAAAAAAAAAUUCCUUGGUGAAUGUAUACACUGGUUGUAAAUUUGACUGCCUUAUGUAGGAACUUACACUAGCUUGAGGCCCUGGCUUUUUUCCUGGUAUAUGAGGGCCAUUCAGAAGUUUAGUUUUAAUGCUGUCCUUUUUUAAGUGAUAACACUGAGCUGUUGCUUGCAGGGAGAAUGCUUACACUUGGUAGACUGUUUUCCAAAUCUUCAGCCUCAGCAUAUGCUUCAGCUUGUGCACUCAAGAUGCUCAACUGUCACAAUGUGCUUAUACUGUGUAUGAAAUGAGAAAAUACCGUUCUCAUGUCAUUCCUUCCAUCACAGGAUCUUCACCAAUAGUCAGGUCAAAUAGGUCUUCCAGAGGUUUGAGGAGGUUUUAUGUUGAAUGUAGUUUGUCAAAGCUCAGCCUCUCCUUUUAGUUUUUAAGAUUCAUGCUAUGAAUGCUCUUCAUCUCUGUUUUUAAGACUCAUGCUAUGCCAAAAAGAAAUUGGAAAGCAGCGCUAUGAGCAGAGUAGAAGAAAAUAUCUGUAUUCAGCAUCCAGCCUUGAAUCUGGGCAUAAGUUGCUUCUUAUGGAAGGGUGUCUGUUUUCAUUUUUAGAGUAGCUGGUCCUUGUUCUACAAGCAGUUUUUCUGCUCUGCAGUGUGUUCUUCGCCCACCUGCCCCAUGAGCAGUGACUCUGACGUUUUCAGGGUAGCUGAGUAACUGAGCCGUUGCAGGUGUGUGCACGCACGCAGCUUCUGAAGUGUUUUCGUUACAAAGCUCCAUCUUCUUAGCCACUGAUACUUUAUUUUUCUGGUGAAAGAAGGUGACCUGUUAAACUUCAGAAUUGAAAUGUGUGUAAGAAUACUCAAAGUGCCUCUUUCUAGUGUUUUGUGUCUCAUUAGCAGCGUGGCCGAUGUGGGAUCCAAAGUUGGUUUCCGUGGUGUUUGUGUGUCCCAUAUAAACACUGCUUUAACAUUUAUGGAAAGAAAUCAAACCAGAAGGUGCUUAAGAAAUGGCCAGUAGGGCCUUUUCUCUGUGGAGUGUUAAAGUGGUGUAAGAGGGCUGACAGCUGUUUGACUGCCUAGCAGUAUGGCCAGUUAGUUAGAAUAUCAGGUUAGCACUUAAGAAGAAAGUCAGCAUUUCUGCAAGAGAGCACCUACCUUUAUGGAAUGGAUGUCUGGAGACUGCUUUUGGAAGAAGCCUAUGCUGAUGAAGAGGGAUGCAUGCAAUUUUCUUCCAAGCUUGUACCUUCCUCCUCUCACUACCACACUGCUCCUGUCUUAGCUUUCUCUCUCAUUUUGUGUGUAGUUGUCUGGCUUACAGUUCCUGCAGAGCUAUGUUUUUGGAGAUUCCUGUUGAGAUGUGCCUGGAGGGAAACUGUAGCAAAAAUGGGUUUGCUUUGAUUUGUUGGGGUUUUUGGGGUUUGUAAUGGUUUUAAUAGGAUGUUAAAAAGAUACUGUUCUGAAGUUUAUAUAAAAGAAAGUGUUUUGUGCUACAGAACAGGAUCUUGUAACUGGCAAGUGUAUUUUCAAAAUCGGCAUUAUAUAAGAAAAACUACUCCUAGAGGGAAAAGGUUUAGCGUUUGUAUCGCUUCAUUUAGUCUGUGAAUAGAGUCAGUAUUUGCCUUUGGCAAGUACAUGCGCUGAGGUUAAUUAUGGGAAAGGAUUAGUAUUCUUGGGUCAAGUAUGCUGCAUUUUAUAGUUUGUGGAAUACCCUUUAAGGCAUCAGCUAGUGCUUAGUUUGGUUGUUGAUGCUGACCUAACAGAAAAAGAUCUGCUAGUAGCCCUCGAGAUUCUGCUGUCGAAGAUGGGCCGAGAACUCUUAAUUUCCCUCCUGAAAAACUGUUUAUACUGUGACCAGUAAAGGUUUUGCCUUGCACAUUAUACUGUCAAGUGCCUGUUUCUCACCUCAAUGAUGUCUUUGAUGCACAGCUUAACUGCAACAUUUUUCAGUUUGUGUUUGGUAAAGAACAUGCUCGCAAAGCUGAUGCCUAUUAGAAAACAAAGCUGCAUCCAAGUGGGAAAUUGAGAUGAGUAAACUUAGAUUUAAGUCCUAGCGAUGAAAGUUUUGGUGUGCUUUUUAAGCGAUACUUCCUCAGAAAUAGCCAUUCUAAGAAUGAAAGUUACUGGAUUUAAUAUAAUUUAUUGUUCUGCUUUAAUAACGUGUUUGUCUUUUGAGAACUCACCAGUUGUGAGCUUUUCUUCUCUUGUGUUUAUAAAUUUGUCUGAAUUUUCAGAACGGAGUCCUCUUUUCUUUUAUCUUCUUUGGAUGCUUAACUGCGUUUAUGGGCUUAAACAAUACACAGCUCUGUGUGUGGAAUACGUGUAGAAUCUGUCCCUUAAUAUUUGUUUGGAAAUUGCAUUUCAGUCCAUGUGAGAUGGCUUAGAAGAAGGUAGCAUGAAGAUUGUAUGAUAAGAUUGCACAAAAUAGGAUACAGUUUAUAUUGCUUUCUCGUAGCAAAUCUGCAUGAUUCUUAGUGUGGUUUUAAUGGGGAAUUAAAAGCUUCAUGUGGCUGUAAUUAGUCACUUAACUCUCAGCAAAGUUCUUUCUGAGUAUUUUUAUUUAUUAGCAUAAUUUGCAAAAAAGAAAAGUAGUAUUUUCCAUAUAAAUAAAGAUUUAGUUUGAACUGAAA